AUGGACUCACACGGAAAUCCAUGGUCCUUCCAGCAACAGCAACAGCAGCAGCAGACUCAGUUCUUGGAGGAUGAAGACGACGAUACUACUGCUGCCAACAGCCCCUUCCACUCACAACGCUCCCAUGACCGCAAACACUACUCCUUCGCCAGCUCUAUCACCCUUGCAUCCGACUCCUUCCACGACGACUUUUUCUCCCUCCGCAAGUCAACACCCUCAACAACCACGGGCGCCUAUGACUCGAGCGAUCGCGACCUGCAACAGCAACAGCAGCAACAGCAGUCGUCGCAUGUCAGAACGUGGUCUCAAGAAGACACCAUCACCUCUGCAUCUGAUUACGGAGAAGACGACAAGCACCAUCGCCACCGCCACCACCACCACAACAACACGGGCAACUUUCAACGCCAUAGUGAUAACGAUGACGUUUUAGAGGCGUUAUCGCUGGCCGACAAUACCCUCGAAUCAAGCCUAUUACCUUCAUCGACCGGCCACUCGCUAUCCUUCACCGCAUCCUCAAGUUUCGAAGUAAUCCCUCACACUCACACGGACCUGGCUGUGGAAAGGAACAUGUCAGACUCUGGGAUUGGUGUUGAGGGGGAUGUGCUUGGGCACCUGGUCCAGAAGCUGCAAUCAGAAGUAGCUGAUACGCGGGCAGUGGUUUCUGACCUGGAAACAAGACUAAACGCGGCCGAGCACUCAAACAAGCAUAUCGUCGAAGAGCUCAAGAUGCUGCUGGCCGAUGCGGAAGGAACGUUAGUUGGUUCAGACGACUCGGACAGCGGUGGCGAGUCCGAAGUGGUCAGCUCUAAGCAUGGUUCGGGAAGUGAAGACGAAACCAACAUUGUCUACAACCGGAUAUGUCACGCGCUCCAGUCCUUGAUCUCUGAGGCCCAGACGGCGCUCGUUCUCAAUACCAGCGCAGCACUCUUUGCACCACCACCAACAGGACGCGGUCCUUGUCGCCACCAACAACAGCAACGGUUAAAACCGAUCACUCAGAACCAAGGACCACAGGGGCAGUCGAUACCGGGAUUGUUCAUUGACGACAGCGAGUUGCUCAACAACGGCGGUAGUAGUAACCAAGGCGAUACUUGCAGUCAUUCGUCGUGUCGUACCUCCCGCAGGGGCUCUAUCAACCUUUCCCGAUCACCCUUUCAUCUUCGUGUUGCGUCAGGAUCCUCGGCGGCAUCUGUCACAUCGUCGUCCUCACGACUUUCACGGUCCUCCUCCAUAAAUAGUGCAUACUCGCGGAUGAUCUGGAAAGAAAAGCAGUUGGAGCAGUAUGAGCGGUAUCGGCGGUCUUGUGACAGAGUCUCACUGGAACUGGAGAUGCUCCUCAACGACACUAGGAUGGAUGCAGACUAUGACGACGAUUACAGUAAUCCUCUGGGGUCGCUGUUCCCGCUCCUCACAGAGUCGCCUUUUGCGCAUCUCCAUCCUGGCAUUUCGGAAACAAGCAAAGGGACGACACCUAUGAAACCGCCGCCAUUAUCGACGGCGACGCUGGAGGAGGAAGCCAAGGCUCAGCCGGGACGAGGAGGACGAGCAGAGGCUCUCAGAGCUGGUUCCAGAGCGGAAAGGAUUCAGCGCAACUUUCAGGCACAGUUCUUGAGCCCACAGGUCCACACCGGCCGAUCUCAUUCUCAUCUAUACGGUUACCAAGGAUACCAACAUCAACAGCACCCACCUAGCCCAUACCUGCGUUUCCGUUCAAGCGGAAAGAGCUCCAUGCAUUCUAUGCCCCGGCAACAACAACUACGGAACUUUCGGAACCAGGGCGUUGGAAGCAGUCGAUCACAGAGUUUGUUAUUGCAGUUGUAUGGACUCUGGAAACAGACUUGGUUACGUCGGCGGAUCAUGCAUAUCCUGACGGGAUCGCUGGAAGUUGGGCUCAUCCUCUGGGUGAUUUUCAAACUUGGAGAGGUGUCGCUUUCCUUGAUGGGUGUCCCAUUGUUGAAGGGCGGGCCUCAGACAUGGCUUUUGUACGUCUAUGGCGAUCGUCAGGGACCGGGUUCGACAGUCGCUAAGGAGUUAUAUGAAAAGAUACGGAGGGAUGGAUUGAAGUUGCGACAGGUCCAUUUGAGACGCGCCCGGGAGAGCGAGCAGAUAUUGCAGGACUUUGCUGCCUCUGAAGUUGCGUCUGGUCUUGUCGCUGGAUUCGGACCUGCAGGAAACCAAGGGGCCAAGGUACCAUUCUCGGCGGCGGGGAUGGUCUGGGGUCCUGUGCAACGGAUGGUCACCCAUGCUGCUACUGGAUUUGUGCUCGCAUACUUGGCUGAUCAUGGCAAACGUCUCUCCAAGAAGCUCUAA